AUGAACCAGGCCAAACAGGCGAAGAGGGAACGCGAGAAGAAACAACGUGAAAAAGAGAAGAAAGAUGCGGAACAGGCUUCUAGACGCCAUCUGGCUGGUAUGAGAGUUAUUCAGAAGAACCUGGUGUACGUGGUGGGACUGAAUCCCCCUGUUCAAUCGGAAGAUCUCCAUUCAGUUCUGAGGUCUGAGAAGUACUUUGGCCAGUAUGGUAAGAUUCUGAAGAUAGUUGUGAAUAGAAGAAACCCCAGUUUACCACCUACUCACCACGGAAACGCUGGAUUCGGCGUAUAUGUGACAUUUGCCCGCAAGGAAGAUGCCUCACGCUGCAUUGCUGCGGUAGAUGGAUCUAUUUCAGAUGGUCGUGUUCUCAGAGCUGCUCACGGUACUACCAAAUACUGUUCGUCGUAUCUCAGAGGCCAGCCAUGUCCAAAUCCUAACUGUAUGUUCUUGCAUGAGCCAGGUGAAGAGGCAGACUCCUAUACUAGACAAGAUCUGUCUACCAGACAAGGUCUAAAGAUGGAAGAAAGAUCUGCUACUCACGGACUUAUUCCACCUCCUCCAGAAGAGGAAACUGAGGAAGAUGAUGAAACUUCUGCUGGUGGUUCCCAGUCGUCUGCUUGGGGUAAGCAUGAGGCUCCGGCUUCGACUACAAGAUUGUCUGCUUCUCCUCCAGCGUUGCUCUCGAAUGCCAAUGCCUUCCCUUCAUUGGCUGAAAGCGCAAAUGCAACAGUUAGUAACCCUACGGCCAAGAAGGUUACAAAGAAAGAUCCACACAGCUUGCUUGGCGGUCCUACCAACCCUUUCUCGAGCGCUUUCAAAAUUUUCACCGAUGCUGCGAAGACUUUGAACGGCGAUUUCAGCUACAAACUCACUCCUGAAGUUGAGAAGAGUCUCGGAUACUCGUCGGUUCCUCUGUUCCAUUUCAGCGCAGAUGUCGAAAGUACGUCGUGCCCUGUCCAGGCUGAGAACCAACUCUCCACUCUGAAGCUGGUUGACUCGUUAUUGUGUGCUCCUUUUGUGAAAAAUUACGGUUUCACCAGAAAUACGGGCUCAGCAAUUGCUGCUGCCAAAGAACAGGAGUUGCGCCAACAUCAGCAACAAACUUCGACACAGCAAUUCUACCAACCUCAACCCCAAAGAGCGCAGCAGUUCCAGAAUGUGUCUCAGCAGCCUCUGAGCACUACUCCAGUCCAGCUGAACCGCGUGCAACUCCAACAACAGGUCAUGCCUAACCAACAUACUCCCAUUUCCAACCAUGUGAACAUAGCCAAACUGAAGGAAAUGACCAGUUCUGCGACUCCUCCUCCGCCAGGAUUGUUCACAGGCGUUAAGGACAACAGCACCACAGCCUCGGCAGAGCUACUAAGCCACUUGAUUGGUGGAAAAUAA